CAGCCACAUCCGCUGAGCCACCCCACGCAGCCUGCAACCGUGCAGAAGGCCUCGGUCCCGAUUCUCGCCUUGCCCACCAGCAGCCCACCACCACCACAUCCGCUGAGCCACCCCACGCAGCCUGCAACCGUGCAGAAGGCCUCGGUCCCGAUUCUCGCCUUGCCCACCAGCAGCCCACCACCAGUGGCUACACGGCCCCUAGCGAUGGCGCCAUUGGCUCGUUGCCACCCCACGCAGCCUGCAACCGUGCAGAAGGCCUCGGUCCCGAUUCUUGCCUUGGCCACCAGCAGCCCACCAGCACCACAUCCGCUGAGCCACCCCACGCAGCCUGCAACCGUGCAGAAGGCCUCGGUCCCGAUUCUCGCCUUGCCCACCAGCAGCCCACCACCUCCACAUCCGCUGAGCCACCCCACGCAGCCUGCAACCGUGCAGGAGGCCUCGGUCCCGAUUCUCGCCUUGCCCACCAGCAGCCCACCACCAGUGGCUACACGGCCUCUAGCGAUGGCGCCAAUGGCUCGUUGGUGGUAA